AUGGCUUGGAUGACUUACAUUUCAAAUUGGUUUGAGCAAGAUGAUUGGUAUGAAGGACUACAAAGAGCAAACAUGUCCCAGGUCAGGCAGGUGGGACUGCUGGCUGCGGGAUGUCAGCCGUGGAACAAGGACGUGUGUGCUGCCAGUGGAGACAGGUUUGCGUACUGUGCCACUCUGGCCAUCUAUAUUUACCAGUUGGAUCACCGUUAUAAUGAAUUCAAACUUCACGCAAUUAUGUCUGAACAUAAAAAAACAAUCACAGCUAUCUCUUGGUGUCCACAUAACCCUGAUGUGUUUGCAAGCGGCGGUACCGAUAAUUUAGUCAUCAUUUGGAAUGUUGCAGAACAAAAAGUCAUUGCUAAGCUCGACAAUACAAAAGGGACGCCUGCCUCUCUCAGCUGGUGCUGGAAUGCAGGUGAUGCCGUGGCCUUUGUUUCCCACAGAGGCCCACUGUUCAUCUGGACCAUCUCAGGCCCAGAGAGUGGAGUGACUGUACACAAGGAAGCUCACAGCUUCUUGUCUGAUGUCUGUGUAUUCAGAUGGCAUACCCAGAAAAAGGGAAAGAUUGUAUUUGGUCAUAUUGAUGGAAGCCUAUCAAUUUUUCAACCAGGUAAUAAAAGUCAGAAACAUGUUCUGAGACCUGAAUCUCUUGAAGGGACAGACGAAGAGGACCCAGUGACAGCUGUGGAAUGGGACCCACUGUCUACCGAUUAUCUCCUUGUGGCUAAUUUGCAUUUUGGAAUUCGCCUGCUAGAUUCGGAAUCACUUUAUUGCAUAACAACAUUUAAUUUUCCCAAUGCAGCAGCUUCUGUGCAGUGCUUGGCCUGGGUUCCCAGUGCUCCUGGGAUGUUUGUAACUGGGGAUUCUCAAGUGGGUGUUUUGCGCAUUUGGAAUGUUUCAAGAACAACACCUAUUGAUAAUUUUAAAUUAAAGAGGACAGGGUUUCACUGCUUACAUGUGCUUAAUUCUCCUCCACGAAAAAAAUUUUUAGCCCAGUCUCCAACUAAAAAUCAUUAUAUGUCCUCGACAAGUGAAGCAGUUCCACAACCGACUUUGACACAAAAUCAGGCAUUUUCUCUUCCUCCUGGGCAUGCAGUGUGCUGUUUCUUGGAUGGUGGAGUUGGACUUUAUGACUUGGGAGCCAAGAAAUGGGAUUUCCUUAGGGAUUUGGGACAUGUGGAAACGAUCUUUGACUGCAAAUUCAAACCCGAUGAUCCCAAUCUUCUAGCAACAGCUUCUUUUGAUGGCACUAUAAAAGUCUGGGACAUAAAUACAUUAACAGCUGUGUACACCUCCCCGGGUAAUGAAGGGGUUAUUUACUCCCUAUCAUGGGCCCCAGGUGACUUAAAUUGUAUUGCUGGAGCAACUUCCCGAAAUGGUGCCUUUAUUUGGGAUGUUAGGAAGGACAAAAUGGUGCAACGAUUUAAUGAGCAUGGAAAAAAUGGAAUAUUCUGUGUUGCCUGGAGUCAUAAAGAUUCCAAAAGAAUAGCUACCUGCAGUGGGGAUGGCUUCUGUAUUAUUCGAACAAUUGAUGGUAAAGUGCUACACAAAUACAAACAUCCAGCUGCGGUGUUUGGUUGUGAUUGGAGCCAGAACAACAAAGACAUGAUAGCCACUGGCUGUGAAGAUAAAAAUGUUCGUGUCUAUUAUGUGGCCACCAGCUCUGAUCAACCACUAAAAGUAUUUAGUGGACAUACUGCAAAAGUGUUCCAUGUUAAAUGGUCUCCUCUGAGUGAGGGAAUUCUUUGUAGUGGUUCUGAUGAUGGUUCUGUUCGAAUCUGGGAUUAUACUCAAGAUGCGUGCAUAAACAUCCUUAGAGGCCACACUGCGCCUGUGAGGGGUUUAAUGUGGAAUACUGAGAUUCCGUAUCUCCUCAUAUCUGGCAGCUGGGACUACACUAUAAAAGUAUGGGACACCCGAGAAGGAACCUGUUUGGAUACUGUUUAUGAUCAUGGUGCAGAUGUAUAUGGUUUAACAUGUCAUCCCAGCCGCCCCUUCACUAUGGCCUCUUGCUCCCGUGAUUCUACAGUGAGACUCUGGUCAUUAACACCUUUAAUCACUCCUUUACUAAUAAAUAUUCUGGCAGACAGAUCUUGGGAAGAAAUUAUCGGGAACACCGAUCAUGCUAUAGAACAAGGCAGCCCUCCUCUACUGUGUGGUAAAGUGUCAAGAGGUAUUAAACACGAAAUAGAGAAACUAACUGGUAAUCCUCGAGCAAAAAAACUAAGAUGGUUUUCAGAAUGUUUAUCACCUCCAGGUGGCAGUGACAAUUUGUGGAAUUUAGUGGCUGUGAUCAGAGGACAGGACGAUAGCCUGCUUCCUCAGAACUACUGUAAAGGAAUAAUGCAUUUGAAACAUCUGAUUAAGUUUCGAAUGUCUGAAGCACAAGAAUUGACAACAGUCAAGAUGUCUAAAUUUGGUGGUGGCAUUGGGGUCCCCACUAAAGAGGAAAGGCUGAAGGAAGCUGCUGACAUACAUUUGAGAUUAGGACAAAUUCAGAGAUACUGUGAACUGAUGGUUGAACUUGGAGAGUGGGACAAAGCCUUGUCCGUCGCCCCAGGGGUGUCUGUAAAAUACUGGAAGAAGUUAAUGCAGAGGAGAGCGGAUCAGUUAAUCCAGGAAGACAAGGAUGAUGUCAUUCCUUACUGCAUCGCCAUUGGUGAUGUGAAAAAAUUAGUCGACUUUUUUAUGUCAAGAGGUCAGCUUAAAGAAGCUCUGCUUGUUGCACAGGCUGCUUGUGAGGGAAACAUGCAGACCUUACAUGUUUCUACACCAAAAGGAUCUUCAUCUUCCGAUGAUAUCUACAAGGAGGACUUUAAUGAACUCCUGCACAAAGUCAGUGAAGAACUAGCGGAGUGGUAUUUUCGGGACGGGCGGGCCGUGCUAGCCGCCUGCUGCCAGCUAGCUGUAGAUAACACCGAGCAUGCUAUGGCGUACCUGAUCCGUGGGAAUGAGCUGGAACUGGCCGUGUGUGUGGGCACCGCGCUGGGGGAGGCCGCGGCCCCUGGCACCCACUACGCCCUGGAGUUGUUGGCAAGAAAAUGCAUGAUGAUUUCCACAUGCUUUCCAUCUGUUGGAUACAGUUUCCCCUUUUGUUGCGUGUGUAGGAAUCUGGCGGCCGAUCUGCUGAUGAUGACUCCUGACAAUGAGCUGCAGCUGGUCAAACUCUGUGCCUUCUACCCAGGCUGCACUGAAGAGCUGAACGAUCUUCGUGAGAAGUGCAAGCUACCCACGGUAGAGGAAUGUAUGCAGUUAGCGGAGACAGCCCAUGCAGAUGGUAAUAUAUUUGAAACUGUGAAAUACUACUUGUUAAGUCAGGAACCUGAAAAAGCCCUUCCUAUUGGUAUUGAUUUCAUUAAAGAACACAUCACUAGUUCAAAUUGGACAUUGGAUACCAUUUAUCCUGUUCUUGACCUGCUGAGUUAUAUUCGUACUGAAAAAUUAGUCUUGCAUACGUGUACUAAAGCUCGAAAUGAAUUGCUUAUAUUGUGUGGUUAUAUUGGGGCACUAUUGGCUAUCAGAAGACAGUACCAAAGCAUCGUUCCAGCACUUUAUGAAUACACGAGUCAGCUGUUAAAGUGUCGGGCGGUGUCAGUGCCUUUAAAAAUUGAGCACCUUUCGGAGGAGUUGGAUGCGUGGAGAGCUUGCACACAGUCCAUCAGCCGAUCAUCGGAAGAGUCUGCCUAUACACCCCCUACUGAUUCACAAAAAAUGGUUUAUGCAACUUUACUAAAGAGACUAGAACAAGAACCACUCAGAGGAAUUGUUGGACCAGAUUACGUGACUGGAUCAAAUCUGCCCAGUCAUUCUGAUAUCCACAUCUCUUGUCUUACGGGAUUAAAAAUCCAGGGCCCUGUAUAUUUCCUUGAAGAUGGGAAAUCCACUAUCUCACUGAAUGACGCUUUGAUGUGGGCAAAGGUGAACCCAUUCUCACCAUUAGGGACUGGAAUACGACUCAACCCAUUUUGACAGAAAGUUUUUCUCCUUGUUUUUUUUUUUUUUUUAAAGUCCUUUUGUGGGUUAGUAUUACUUUAGCCUUUGUUGUCCAAGAGCCAAAGGUUGAGGGGAGCGGGGAUGGUGGGGAAUAAGAGUUGACUUUAUAAAUUAACUUCAAAUAAUAAAAUAUUUAUAUGAUUUCACGG